UCUUGGGACCCUUCUCUCGGAAAUAAACAAAAAUCUGACUCUUCUUUUGGAUCGUUCUUCGUCAGGUUUGCCGCCUUUGGUGUCAGGACAGAUAGCUUUUCUUCGAUAGCAAGUAUGCUCCUCUCUCUCUCUCUCUAUAUCUCGGUGGAUGGAUGUUUCGUAGGGCGAUCGUGAAGUAGAGUCACUUCGUUCUGGAACUCGUCCUGACGGAAUGAAAACAGAUCCUGAUAUUCUUCGGUGGGGUCUCCAUCUCCUUAAUGAUCCAUUGUUGAACUCCACAUAUUUUGUGACCACUCAUCAAAACGGUGUGAAAGAUUGUGUUGCACAAUGUACCAAUGAAGUUGGUUUGCAGGAAGAAUGUGAUUCUGUUGAAAAUGAUGAAGUAAUUGCCCGUGCUCUUCAGGAAGAACUUUCACGAGUUGCUAUUGUGGAAGCAUCUGGAUCUUUACAUACAACUAAAGAGCAGUUGCAAUCAUCUGUGCUCAGUCAAAAUUGGUUGGCUUUGUCUUCCCCUAGAGAGAGUAAUUCAGGGAGUGUUUCUCUUAACAGAGAUUUAGGAAAUAUGGAGGCCUCUACGUCACUGCCAAUGUCUGAUGGAAAUUUGAGUUGUGAAGGACCGGUCGAGAUAGAAUUUGCAGAUGACUUCUCUGCUCUAGAUGGUGAAGUAUGCAGGAGACUGAAUCACAUGACUCCUGUACCUCACAUUCCAAAAAUUAAUGGAGAUAUUCCUUCAGUUGAUGAAGAAAUUUCAGAUCAUCAAAGGCUUCUUGACCGGUUAAAGUUGUAUGAUUUCGUUGAGCUAAAGGUUCAAGGUGAUGGAAACUGUCAGUUUCGGGCACUAUCUGAUCAAUUUUAUCGUACACCUGAGCACCAUAAGUUUGUGAGAGAUCAAGUUGUUGAUCAGCUGAAGUCUCAUCGUGAGGUGUAUGAGGGUUAUGUACCCAUGCCAUUUGAUGAAUACCUUAGGAAGAUGUGCAAAAGUGGAGAAUGGGGAGACCAUGUGACGUUACAAGCAGCUGCUGAUUCAUAUGGUGUUAAAAUAUUCAUUCUGACUUCCUUCAAGGACACCUGCUACAUUGAGAUACUUCCUAGUGUUGAGAAAUCUAAACGGGUUAUAUGUUUGAGCUUUUGGGCCGAAGUGCACUACAACUCAAUCUAUCCAGAAGGAGAGUUUCCUGCCAUGGAAUGUAAGAAGAAGAAAAGGUGGUGGCGCUAUGGUAUUUGAGAUCUCUAUCGUGUUCGGGUUGCAUGAUGGCCAGCGAUACGAGGAAGAAGGAAGCAUUGUAGGCAUGUAUACAUCACUGCUUGUCCAUACUGUACACAAUUUUCAUUGCAUCAUUUGUAAAGAAAAGUAAAACGAUAAAAAAGGUAAAUAACUUCAUUCUUGUGCAGCUCAUCAUAAUUAUAAA